GCCGCCCAUAAAACAAAACCCCCCCUUUGAAAAAAAGAGGCCUCAACGCCAUAAGCGAACAGCAGCAGCGUCGGCAAGAUCAAGCAGCCAAGACGCAGCAGCACCGCCCUCACCGCCUAACCAGUGAGCUCGGUUUGAAUCUUUUGCUGAAGCCGUAAAGGAGGGGCUUAAAACUACUUCUGGAGGAGAAGUCAUUGGUGUGAUAGGAGGGCAAAAUGUCCAAAUCUUGCAAAGGCCUAGCAAUGGAACUGGUGAAGUGCCUGAGUGAAUCAGAUUGCAUUAAGGUUGAAAAGCGAUCAUAUAGGGAAUGUGCCGGAGAGAAGAGCCCAUCAAUAGCAAGUGAGUGUGUGGGACUUAGGGAAACAUAUUUCAAUUGCAAGAGGGGCCAGGUUGAUAUGAGAGCUAGGAUUCGUGGAAACAAAGGCUACUAAGCGCUAUUGUCACCUUUUCUCAGCAAGAUUAUUGAGUUUUGAAACCUCAAAUUUUGGAGGCCUCCUUCGAGGCCGGCCUUUCGAAGGGGGAAAAUUGAUCAAUCACUUGCCAGUUCAGUUGUGGAGUGUGUACUUCAGAAGGGAUGCUUGAAGUUUGUCUGUCCUUGGCUGAAACUUUCAAUUUUGAUCGACAUUUUCUUUAUUAUUUUUGAGCAAAUAACUAAAUCAAAUUGAGGCUUGAAAUGUGGACAUUAUGCACUCAAAGUGGCUUUUCUUGGUCACUUUAUAUUUCUCUCAAGGUCGUGUAUUUGGCGAUGUGCCCUUAAAAGGGUCCUAAAAGGGACUCGGAUAAUGCACUCAAAGUGGCUUUUAUGUCGAUGUAAGUUUAAAAACAUUAUGCAUUCCAAGAUAGCGACAAGUCAAUUUCUUUU